AUGCCAUAUCAAACGAAUGCAUCGAUCGAGGAAAUUGUGGACCUAUACGAUGGCUUCAUCCUAGAUCAGUUUGGAGUGCUUCAUAAUGGAGCUCAUGGCCUAGAGGGUGCUCCAGAGUGUGUCAAAGCUUUGCAUGCCAAGGGAAAGAAACUCAUUAUCCUGUCCAAUUCGUCAUCCCCAUCGGCGGCUGCCAUUGCCAAGCUACCCAAGCUGGGGUAUGAUCCAUCCAUGUUGGUCGGGGCCGUCACGAGUGGCCAAGAAGCUAUUAAAUAUUUGGCAGAGACUUACCCGGGCAAAAAAGCCAUCUUCUUCACGUGGGACAAAACCCAUCAUACUACACAACAAGGAUUUCUGGAGAAAUGCGGCGGUAUACAGCCGACAAAUUCCGUAGAGGAGGCAGAUUUUGUGCUCUUGCAUGGAGUGCAAGUUUUGCUGGGUCCGAAUGGCGAUGAAACCAGUUUGGAUGGAUACAUGCAAACCGGCGACAUGUCUUCGGUCAUUGAACCCAUGCUGAAAAAAUGUGCCGCACGAAACCUACCCAUGGUCUGUGCCAAUCCGGAUUUUAUCAUGGUUCGACCGGAUGGCACCAAUGCUCACAUGCCUGGAAAGCUUGCCAAAAAGUAUGAGGAGCUAGGUGGUUCCUGUACCAGUUUUGGAAAGCCUCAUGCAGCACACUUUGAGGCAUGUGUCCGAGAAAUUGGGCUGCCCAAGGACAAAGUGGUGCAUGUUGGCGAUAGUCUCCAUCACGAUAUUGCAGGAGCCAAUGCGGCGGGAAUUGCUAGUGUGUUUGUUGUGGGUGGGGUUCAUCGUGAGGAAGUGGGCUCCAAGUUGGGAGAGAUGCCUCCACGUGACAAACUCGAUGAAUUGUUUGCCCAGCAUAGUCAAACACCAACUCACGUCGUACCCAUGUUCAGAAUGUGA